AUGAAGAAAAGUCAAGGUGAGCACAGCAGAGCUACAAGGCUCAUAUUUUGUUAUCCCAUCCAUAUUUCUCUCCACUUCAUUCUUAUUUAAAAACUUAACACCACCACUGCUUAAUUUGUUCUUUUCUUAGCCAUGAAAUUCCGAUUAAAUUCUGUGAACCAGAAUCAAAACAAAAUGCCUCUGGGGUUGGCAACAGAGGAAGGCCGCAAAGGUCGCAAUGAAAGGAACGCAACUGCUACCACGAGUGCAAGGAAAAAUGAAAAUUGUGCCAUCGACACUCCUACGUUCGGUAAAGACUCAGUUCUGACAUUGGGAGGCAACAGAAGGCUGUCCACAAAUACGCUUUAGAAGAAACCGAAUGGAGACGAAUUUGUCCUACUACUUUCUAGACAACCAUAAAACUAGAAGCGGCAGUGGAAGCCACACAUGUCCUGAUUGACAUAGCUACAGGGUAAACUUGAAUAGAGAAAAUUUGUUUGCAUUUGUGAAGGCACAGCAAUUACAGAUGCGACGCAAAAUACUCAAAAAAUGUUUGUUUGUUUGAACGUUUGUUGGUUUGCAAGAAGCUCUGUGAAUAAUUAAUAUUAGAAAUAUUGUAAAAAUGGGAAAAGGAGAGAGGAGAGGUUACUAAUAUAAGGCAAUAUAAAAUUAGGAAAUGCGUAAGAAAUGAUCAAAACGGAGGAUUAUCAGAAGAGAUGAGGGAAGUCCAAAAAGAAUGUAUUUGUGAGAAAGCGUGUGUUAUGUUUUUAUAAUUUUGUAUUGUAAAAUCAAUAAAAAUAUUUACCAAAAAAAAAUGUUGGAAGGGAAAAUAUGUCACAGGGAGCCUUGCAAGUAGAAGCCUACGUGGAUAUAAACUGUGUGUUCAGGCCCAGAAACCUCCCGCCUAAAUAAAUUCAUACAAGACUCAAAAUUUUGCUUUGGUUUUUGGCAGAAUUUAGGCCACAACUUUAUUCAUUACAGAAAGUGACUGGUUGCAUAGGCUCUGGUUCGACUAGCUCCCUGCCAUGCAGGUAGCGCUGACCCAGGGCACCAGCAUACAUCAGCCAAGGGUGAACACCUGGAUAAGCAGAAAGCCGGGAACGGGCUAACUCUGCCACCCAAAUGUCCCCCUGGACUCAGGCACGGGCACAACCCCCUCUCAGGGGUUGACCAAACCAUCAAGUCCCUGGAAUCCUUUAGCAGAAUACCCUUCACAUAGGGAUGGCGAGAGCAUUCUCCCAUCCCUAUCACCUGAACCAGAGCCUAUCCGCAACCUUACAAGUUGUGACGAUUUGCUAUGCGGCAGGUGAAACCCAAAUGGCAACAGCCAAUCAGCCGAGUGGGCAAAAUUCCUGCCGUGCCCCUGUCCCAAUGACAGACGACACAUGCAAGGUCAAGCACAAAGCCCUAAAAGUAGGGAGAGGUGGGCGGGUGUUCCGAAUGCACGCGCCGAAAGAGGAAGCUCUGGGUCACGUGCAUGGGCAUAAAUAGGUCCCUCGAACUGUUUGAACUGCAUCCCAUUGGCCAGAUUGUACCCAGCCUCAAGGGACCUACCAAUUGGGUGUUGCGGCUUACCAACUGUACCCACCCACAACACAGGGUGUCGGUUGUCCAGGUCUCACCACAAUAUGUGCCCUCUUUAACGGAGGACCCGAUUUGCCACUGAAUGUACCUGAAGAACAUUUCAAGGUGUGACAGACUUCCUGGCUUUCACUGCAGUCUCAACAAAAACAGAAAAAAGAAAAAGCCUUAGUUAUAACCAAGUUUCAGCUCCACGCUGUUCCAACUGAUAAACAGCAACCAUCCAAAAUCCAAGCGGUGUCCCAGAAUUCCUGUGUGCCAGAGCUUUUAUCAUCAUCAUCAUCAUCAUCACCAUCAUUAAUUAUGGGGAUUUCUGCCUUAUCUGGGCCUUGACCCUGAAACAGACAAGUCCUUCCCAGAAGGGAAGAGGAUCCCAAACACUAGCAGAGACAAAAACCCAAGUGGACACACAUACAGCCAGCACCCCCCAGAACCUCAGGAGAUAAAACAGUUCCAUGCUAAAAUCUGGAACUGGAAACACAACGCUUGCCUGGCAGCCCAAAGUCUCCAUUCCAUCAGUUUCAUUUGGAAGGGAGGGACAAUGCCAUCUGUUCUCGAGACUGUGGCCUUGCUGACACUGGGAAUGGGCAGCGCUGCUGGGCCCAGAACAAAACCACUCAAAGACAAAAGGAAAAACGUUUUGACAUUCCCUGUUGAAAAUGUCAAAAAGAACCCACAAGGAUUUUUUUUCUUUUCUUUUAAUUAUUCAGUGUUCCGUUUUACAGAAUUCUCAAGACUAGACCUGGAAAAAGCACACACACAAAAACCAACAAACUGGAAAACAGAUCCGUAUAAUCAUUUCCAGAAGACCAAGAAGAAACAAGAGUGCAAAACGAGAGGGUCCUUUAAAAAGAUCCGUCUGCCUUAA